AUGCAGGCUGCUUCAGGUCCAUUAAUCUCACUUUCUCCCAGCUUCAACACCUACUCUUCCUCCGACCGACUCGCUCAGAUCGCCGCCCGAGUCGUCAGCGAGUUAACCUCUCAAGAUCAUCAACUCACCCACGAUGAGCCCGACUGGGAAAGUUUGUACGCCACUCAUCAUCUUGAAGAAGAAGAAGAAGUAAAACAACACCACCGACAACCCCAAAACGAUGACGAGGCGGAGGAGGACGAAGAGGAGUUUGAGUUUGCUUUUGUCGGCGGAGACGCACACACGUCGCCCAUCUCUGCUGACGAGAUUUUCUCAAACGGCCAGAUCAGGCCCGUCUACCCUCUCUUCGACCAAGACUUAUUAAAACAGCACAACGACGUCGUAUCUCCUGAAAACGUUAACGGAGAUGCCGACGCCGUUAAUAAGAAGAACUCCAAGGCAGCUACGACGCCGAAGCAACGUCGUUUGCCGCUCAGAAUGCUCAUGAUCGAAGAGGAGCGCGAAACGGCAUCGUGCUCGUCCUCCGAGGCCGACGACCUCGAGAACCUGCCACCUGGCACCUACUGCGUGUGGGCCCCUCCCAAGACCAAGAGCAGCUCCGCGGGCUCGUCGAAGCGCUGGAAGUUUCGGGACCUUCUUUAUCGUAGCAGCAGCGACGGCAAGGAGACUUUCGUGUUUCUGGCUCCGUCCUCGACCAAGAGAGCCGACAACAAGAACAACAACAAGGACGACGUCGUCUCCAAGAAAAGAAUCGGCGGCGGCCGCGGCGUGUCGCAGAAUGAGGAGCGUUUUGUCAUGAGGAGCAAAGCCGCGGAGGAAGGAGAUAAACGACGGUCGUUUUUACCGUACAGGCAGGACUUUGUGGGGUUCUUCUCUAACGUGAAUGGGCUUAGCAGGAAUUUGCAUCCAUUUUGA